AUGGCUUCCUCCCAUCUGGGCAUCAACGCCCUACUCAUCCUGAGCGUCCUGCUCGUCCUCCUCCCCUCGCAAGUUGACGCCUUUGGCGCUGGAAACAUCGCCUCCAUCUCCGCCGUCGAAGGCAAGAACUGGCGCCAUGGCGACAUCGAAGAUAUGCUCAAGACUGUCGCUUUCAUCACGGGUCACAAGUGGACUUCGACUAUGAUUAAGCGUGUUUAUUUUGGGAACUGGUUGCGGGAUUAUUCCCAGGCGAUGGAUGUCGGCACCCUUAAGAGUCUUCCUGCUGAUACCAUCCGCGUUCUCGUCUGGAUCCUCUCGUUUAUGACGUUCGGCUUGGCGACUGCUGAGUUUGAGGUUACUGGGGAGAGACUGGGGGUUUAUCGUCCUGAGGAACAUAUUGACAACCCCAAAGACUACGCCGAUAACGAGGACGCUCGCGUAUUCGACAAAAGACUGCGCGGCCCCAUCCGUCAGGCUGAACUGGAUAUCGACCCCCACACCGGCAUGAAGAACUAUAUCGCCAACGAACGCGGCGACUGGGCCACCAGUACGGCCUACAUCAAGUACAGUCUGGCGCGCAGUAUCCACUACGGCAGGACCUACACCCACGGCUCCGGUGGCAAAGGAAACGAGGAGGACCUCUGUGAGGCCUUGCGAUGCCUCGGCCAGGGUCUCCAUACCCUCGAGGAUUUCGCCGCCCACACCAACUACUGCGAGCUCGCCCUCCGCGAGAUGGGCUUCCACAAUGUCUUCGCCCACACCGGGGCGCGCACCCAGAUCAACCUCCACGGCCACAAGGUCUUUCCCCUCGUGACGGGCACCUUCGGCAUGGUGGACUUCUUCCACUCCGUGCUGGGAGAGGCCAACGACCACUUCACGCAGUCCGAGGUCAACGAGAUGGACAUCGCCCUCGGAGAUGCUCAGUCGAACUCGUCCGGCUCGUCGCUCGAUUCGCUGACCGGCCUCCUGGGCAAGAUCCCGGGGACCAAGGACCUGGUCACCGAGGCGGAGAACCUCAAGCGUCGCUCGGAGGAACAGGAAUCUUCGAACAAGCGCGGCAAGCCCAACGCGGGUUACAGCGCCGCUCGCGGGCUGGCCAAGAACUUUGCGGGCGACCAGGAUAAGAGCUCCCGGGCGUCUGACCGUCCCGAGCCUUCCGCCGGCAAACCGAGUCCGGUGACGGAUAUCGAUCCGGCCAAGACCAUCGAGCAGAUCUACCCGAUCCUGCAGUUCAGAGACAACGUCGUCCGGAAGCUGAACUCGGUCAUCGAGAAGAUCCCGGGCCUCGAGUCGCUGGUGGAGAAGAUCUCCGAGACAGUGACCGUCUUCGUCAUGUCCCUGCUGGCCCCGUUCAUCCGCCCCAUCAUCAACACCGCGUCCAAGUCUCUGCAGUCCGGCUCGUCCGGCGUGAUCGACGCCUCGGGCAAACACCAGUUCGAGCCCUGGACCGACCCGCACUGCACCGACCCCACCCACUCGCUGCUGUCCAAGGACCACUUCUCCAACAUCCUCAACGACCCGGCCGGAAACGUCGCCUCCGCGAUCCUCAAGUACGUGGCUCCCCGCGUGCUCUACGCCUGGCAGCACCCCGACGUGCCGGAGAAGGAGGUGCUCGAAGACUGCCUGAAGGUGUUCCACCACCCGGCCACCCGGGACAUGCGCAACGAAGCCCACCGCACCAUGUUCGAGGCCGUCGAAUCCUGGGCCCACUCCCGCCCCGACCGCGGCCGCAGCCUCAACGACAUCCUCAGCUCCGAGGGCGUCAAGGCCGGAAAGAACAACGGCGGCGAGGUCGGUCACUCGCACGGCGCCCACAGUCACGGUGCGGCUGCCGCGGGAGGACACAGCCACGGCGGUCAAUCCCGUCCCCCUCAGCAUCAGCAGCAGCAGCAGCAGCAGCAGCGCCCGUCCUCCUCGCACAGCUCCAACCCACUCGAGCAGCUCUCCAACAUCCCGGGUCUGUCGGGGCUAAAGAAGCUAGACGGUGUCUUUUCCGGUCUAUCCCUGGGAGGUUCGAAGAAGGAGGACAAGCCUGAGAAGCACCAUAGCAAGCCUGAGCAGCACCAUAGCAAGCCGCCUAAGCACCACAGCCCUCCUCAGCACCACAGCCAGCCCCAACACCACACCCCUCCCCGGCGCCACAGCCCGCCUCCGCACCAGUCCCACCAUGAAAACACCCGACCGCACCACAGCCAGCACCACGAGUCGUCGCACCAGUACUCGCAGCCCUCCCACCACUCCAGCGGCGGAUACGGCGGUGAUGGGCACAGCUCAGGCUACUACGGCCAGACUUCAAGCCAGGGACACGGUCAGUCUUCCGCCCCUGGAUACGGCCAGUCUUCCGCCCCUGGAUACGGCCAGUCUUCCGCCCCCGGAUACGGCCAGUCUUCUUCCAACCCCGGAUACGGCCAGUCUUCUUCCAACCCCGGAUACGGCCACCAGCCGAGCCAUGGAUACGGCAGCAGCAGCCAGCACCAGAGCCAGGGGUACCAGGAUUCGUCGUAUGGCGGCCAUUCUCAGGGCCAUGGUGGCAGUCAUGGCGGCAGCCACGGUCAAGGGUAUAGCAGCAACCAGGGCUAUGGAGGUCAAGGUCACGGCCAGGGCCAGAGCUACGGAAGUCAAGGCCAGAGCUACGGCGGAAACCAGGGCUAUGGAAACCAGGGCCAGAGCUAUGGAGGAAGCCAAAGCCACGGCUACGACAACAACCAAGGCUACGGCCAGAGCGGAUACCGGUAUUAG